CGGGCACGGCCGAGGGUUUGGCUCCGUGCUUGGGCUGGCAGGCAGACAGAAAGGCCACCUCAGUCAGCGAGCGGGCCCACUCCAGAAACCGAUGAAAAGAUAAUUCCCUCAGCGUGGACCUCAUGCGGCGUCGAGCCGUUUGUGCGCGCUGACAGAGGCAGAUCAAGCAGAAAGGAUAUGAGUGGGAAACUUCAAAACCUGCUCAUGUUUCGGGGCCCGUGAAAGGAUUUGUAGAACACAUUCAGGAAUUGAUGGACUUUCCCAUGUUCCCCUGGACAGCCCUUUUUUGUUGACGUGUUCAAAUAAUGAAUCUCUUAUGUUUCAUUUUUUUCUGCGCAGAUCGGACCUAUGUUUCUGGGUGUCUCGCGGAGAUGAGGCUCUCUCCAGUUGACCACAUGCAGCAGUCCGGAGCACAUGGAGUACCGCUGAUUCGUUGGCUACCAGGGAACCGGGUGCUGAGAUGGAACGAAUAUGUUUGAGUCUUUUGCUCAUAAGUAAGGCACUUUCAGUCACUGCACAGUUCAAUGGUUUCAACUGUGAUGCCAACUUCCACAGUCGUUUCCCAGCCGAGCGAGACAUAAGCGUGUACUGCGGCGUGCAGACAAUCACGCUGAAGAUCAAUUUCUGCCCCGUGCUCUUCUCGGGCUACACCGACACGGACCUGGCACUGAACGGUCGCCAUGGCGAUGCCCACUGCCGAGGCUUCAUCAACAACAACACCUUCCCUACGGUGGUGCUCUUCAGCAUCAGCCUUAGUACACUGGAGUCCUGUGGCAACGCUCUGGUGGUCUCCUCAGCUCAGGGAGCGAAUGCCUAUGGGAACCUGUCCCUGGUGCAGAUUGGUAAUAUUUCAGGGUACAUUGACACGCCUGACCCACCGACUAUCAUCAGCUAUUUGCCAGGGCUGCUGUACAAGUUCAGCUGCAGUUACCCUCUGGAGUACCUGGUGAACAACACACAGCUGGCCUCGUCGGCUGCAGCGAUAUCAGUGAAGGAUAGCAAUGGUACUUUUGUCAGCACUUUGAGUCUACUCCUCUACAAUGACUCGUCCUACGUGCAGCAGCUGGCCAUACCCAUGGCAGGCCUUACUUUAAAGACACGAGUGUUUGCCGCUGUAAGGGCAACCAAUUUAGACAGAAGAUGGAAUGUUCUGAUGGACUACUGUUACACAACUCCCUCUGGGAACCCUAAUGAUGACUUGCGCUAUGACCUGUUCUUUGGUUGUGACAAAGACCCACAGACAACCGUGUUUGAGAACGGCAAGAGCCAGAUGGGGCGCUUCUCGUUCGAGGUCUUCCGUUUUGUCAAACACAAGAACCAGAAGAUGUCCACCGUUUUCCUGCACUGUGUCACCAAGCUGUGUCGUGCCGACGACUGCCCAAUGCUCAUGCCGAUCUGUGGUAGGAAAAAGAGGCGAGAUGUGUCGGAACAAGGUGAAUCUGGCGCAGCCUCUGGGAACGCAGUCAUAACAGCUGGACCCAUCAUCACCCGGAGUGAGGAAACUCCAAUGAACAACUCUCAGCUUGCCCAGUUGAACAGCCCUCUGCUGCGGCCCGACUCCGUGACCAGUGCCCUGAUCUCGGGCAUCAUCAUCCUGGCGGUCAUGAGCGCCUGCUUCUUCAUCCUGUCCCUCACGCUGCUCAAAGGCAGGAAGCCUCCGCCCACUGCCCUGUCCGUGUCUGGCGCACGCAACCCCGCCUUCAACUGA